AUGCAGCUCACCAGAACCCUCGCGGCGUCUCUGCUGUUCGCCGGUAGCGCACUAUGCGCCGAAGCCCCCAGCACCCACAAGGCAUUGAUUGCGCCCAAGGUCUUCAUUGUCUCUAUGUUUGAACCUGAAGCUCAAGCGUGGUGGAACAUCCCUGAAUUCAACCUGCUCGCUCACAACAUCACCAUCCCUGGUCUUUCUCCUAUCUUCCCCGAUGUCCACUGUACCGAGGACUACGAGGUCUGCCAGCUGAUCACCGGUGAAUCUGAGAUCAAUGCUGCCGCCACCGUCACCACCGUUGCCUUCUCGCCCUUGUUUGACUUCACUCAGACCUACUGGUUCGUCGCGGGUAUUGCCGGCGUCAACCCCAAGAAGGUCACCACUGGAUCCGCAACCUUUGCUCGGUACGCAGUCCAGGUCGCUCUCCAGUACGAGAUCGAUAUCCGCGAGUUGAACAGCUCCUACACCACCGGAUAUAUCCCCCAGGGUGCCGACUACCCCGGCCAGUACCCCACAAACAUCUACGGCACUGAGGUCUUCGAGGUCAACUCCGAGCUGCGCACCAUUGCUGCCGACUUCGCUCGCAAGGCCAACCUUUCGGACUCCACCACUGCCCAGGCCUACCGCCCUCGCUACAAGACCCCCAGCGGAAAGUACAAGGCCGCUACCUUGCCCCCUAGCAUUGUCGAGUGCGAUGUCGCAACCUCCGACGUCUACUACAGCGGCAACAUCCUCGGUUCCGCUUUCGAGAACACCACCAAGGUCCUGACCAACGGAACCGGUGACUACUGCGCCAGCGCCCAGGAGGACAACGCUACCCUGGAAGUCCUGCUCCGUGCCGCUGUUCACAAGCUGACUGACUUCUCUCGCAUCAUCGUCAUGCGCACCGCAUCCGACUUUGAUCGCCCCUACCCCGGUGCCUCUGCCACUUACAACCUGCUCUACUCCGAGCAGGGUGGAUUCGAGCCUGCGCUGAAGAACCUCUACGUGGCCGGAAUCAAGGUCGUCGAGGGUAUCAUCGAUGGAUGGAACGCCACCUUUGCUGAGGGUGUCAAACCCACUAACUACAUUGGUGACAUCUUCGGCACCCUGGGUGGUACCCCUGACUUUGGCCCUGGCCGCAAGCAGGCUCUCAUUGAUGGUGGCGCCUACAAGAAGCGCAGCAUUCCUAACCGCCUGCAGCGCCGCGGUUAA